UCUUUGAAUGAUUCAUGAUUCAUUUAACUCGAACUUCCCUUUACCUCCUACCUAGGGUUUCCAUUCUCAGGCAUGAAGUAUUUCCUAAGCGCUGUGCACAAGGCGUUCAAGGAAGGGGGACUAGCACAGGCCUGGCGAGAAGCAAAGAAGGAGGGCAUCUUGAACUGUAUCGUAGAUGGAAAUCUCUUGCUCACAAAGAUGUGGGGGAACAAAGACACCCGGCUGGUGGGCAUUGACAAAUUCGGGAACAAGUACUUCGAGAAACCCAGUGGCACCGCAGGGCGCACGCGAUGGGUGGAGUACGCGGACAAGAAAUACUACAACGCCUCGAACGUUCCCCCCGAGUGGCAUGGCUGGCUCCACUACGUGACCGAUCACACGGCGGAGCAGCUGGAAGAUCUGCGACCCAAGCGCUACGGCCUGGAGCACCAACCCAAUCGAACUGGCGAGGGCGAGCAGUACAUAUACCACUCCAAGGGCCAUGUCCUCAGCCCAAACCAGCGAGAUUGGAGCCGAUACGAUCCUUGGAAGAAGGCCGACGCGGCCCCCAUGUCUUGAGAGUUAGCGUGUUUAGAGACACUGUCGCAAAGGCAAGCAAAGGGAAUAAAGCGUGUUUAGAGACA